CUUCUACUGAAAAACCUUUUAUCUUUCUUCUCUAUAUUUUUUCUUAUAAAAAAAAAUAAAUAAAUUACUACAAAAAUGAUGAAAAUCAUUACUCUCCUUUUUGCAUAUAUUGCAAUUGUUAAUUCACUUGAACUUCGAGACAAUCACAUAGACUGGAAAAUAAGAUCAAGUUACAUUACACGAGGAGUUAAUGUAAAAGAAAUAACAAAUGGAUACGAAGUUGAAUGGUUGGAGGAGUUUGACGAGCAUACGAAUCCCUUAAAAGUUUACUAUAACUAUAUUUUUGAAGAUUCAGGUACUCGAGAAAUUAUAAAUCUUGAUAAUCUAUGCAGUACAUAUAGACCAGGUACUCCAGAAUUCGCCGUUCAACAACAUAUGCUUACAAGGCUUGCAAACACAAGAACGUGUCCAAUAAAAAAGGGUACAAAAGUAGCUCUCAGACCAUGGGAUUUGUACUCAUGGCAAACAAAUAAUUUAAGAUGUGGAUAUGUUGAUGGAACAUCGUAUAUAUCAAAGAAAAAUUCGAACAGAGCUGGUCACACGCCAUUUUUAUUAAGUAUCCACUUUACAGGAAUGGUUGUGGGUCCCAAUUGUGUCCCAGAUAGCUUAUCAUAGCUUAUGGCCAGCCUAGAUCGUGGGCCGAUUUUUUUAAUUUAUAAAAAUAAUUUAUUUGAAUCAAAAUAGAUGAAAUAAUAAACAAUAUUUAUUAAACUGAAAAA